GUGUGUUUCCGGAAGACGUGGCUGUUGCUGCAGUGGCAGCUGUCAUCUAACAUAUUCUUAAAAGACUACUUGAGGAUUCUAUAUAAGUCUUCAUCUGCUCCCGUUUUGUCUUCGGCUGCUUAUUUGGUGUCAAGAUGAUUUCGCUAACGGAUUCCCAAAAAAUUGGGAUGGGACUGACAGGCUUCGGCGUGUUUUUCCUCUUCUUUGGGAUGAUCCUGUUCUUUGACAAGGCACUUCUGGCCAUUGGAAACAUCUUAUUCGUUGCCGGACUCGCCUUUGUCAUUGGACUGGAGAGGACUUUCCGCUUCUUCUUUCAGAAGCAUAAGUUGAAGGCCACAAGUUUCUUCCUUGGGGGAGUGUUUGUGGUGCUGAUCGGCUGGCCCAUCAUUGGAGUCGUGCUUGAGAUCUAUGGCUUUUUUCUGUUAUUCAGGGGUUUCUUCCCAGUUGUUGUAGGCUUUAUCAGAAGAAUACCAGUCCUCGGCUCCAUCUUAAACCUGCCCUUCAUCAGUGCACCUUCGUAGGGUCUGAGGACAAUCAGCAGUCGUGUAUGUGGACAAAGUGGGCGAGAGCAACACCAUGGUAUAACAGUGACUUUUUAUAUCGAGAGAAGCCUCUUUUGAGUACCCCAAGUUUUAUAAAGCAACACAAUCUCCAAUGGCUCUGGUUUAAAGCAGCUAAUUUUAAAUGUUCAGAUUUGCCCCUCCAGCAGGCAAAGACUGUUUCCUGCCUGUGUAAAUUAACUGGUCAUCGCUACCAAUCAGAGGUUCACAAGUGUCGCACCACCUGUCGGUCUAAGGAUGAAGUUACGAAGGCCACCACAAUAAAUAUCUGCCGUUGAAGCUAUUGAUUACUUCACUGUUGAGUGCAUCUACCAUGAAAAUGGAGGAUGGAAGGAUGGGAGAACCCUCAAGGCCUCACUGACUCUGUCUGCGUGACUUUCUCACCCUGUGGAACUAACAGACAAAACUGCCCCCCUCCCUCAGUGAUGAGAAGUGGGCCGACAGCUUGUCAUGUUGUCACAUUUCUGUGCCUGUGCUUUAACUUUAUUUGGACAAAAGUCCAACAUUUUGUCCCUUUGCAUUUAUUCUGUUAUUCAUUGUUUCCUUUUUGUCUCUCAGCUAUUUGAAUACCAAGUAUGGCUAUUGUAACAUGUACCUAGUUCCAUGCCAUUACGGUUUAUGAUUGGCUAGGAGUGUUUUGAUAUAAAUAUUUUUUUUUUUUAUGACAAUGCUUGACUUCAAGUGAGAUGCUGUAGGAUCAUUCUAGUAUCUGUUAUCUUUUCCCCUAAAUGACUAAAUGUGAGAAAUAUUAAAGUCUGGUCACACCAGAAUGUGCUAAACAGCCAAGAACAUGCUCCUGUCAGUCACAAAAGCUAUCUAUCCUAUAGCUUAUUUGAAAACUGUCAACGGCAAACCGAGUAGUGAAGUUGUUCACCCAAAGACACUGUAAGUAUAUAAAUAAGUUUAUUGAAAAUGCAUCGUAUCAUUGUCUCAUAAAUGUGUAUGCAGUGUUUUAGUACUAGUAAUUUUUGCCCUUAUAGAACUCCAGUUUGGAACUAAAUUGCAACAAGACUGUAUUUUCUUUUCGUGUAAUGAGCUGAAAUCACACGUCACAAAUACGUGAUACUGGGCCAAUUUGGUUUGAAGGAAUUUGUUUGAAGGAAGUCAGUCGAGUUCUCUCAUUUUAGAAAAUAUGGGUUUUUGACCUUCUGUCUCCCAGGCAGCCACUGUUUCAUUUAGCCCUAGUAUAAAGUCAUCUUGAAUCUUUGAGAGAACAUUAAAAUGUGCUGCAGCUGGUACGCCCAAAGAAUUAUGUUUUCAGUAUUGUUGGUGCAUUUCUUGGCAAGUCGCAGACUUUAGAAGGUGAGUCUAAUCUUUAUUUUCUAAUCGAAAUCUGUAUUUCACCCAAAAUCAACAUGCGGAAAUGAAGUGAAACUGUUGUCAGCCUGGAAUGUAGAGGAAAUGUUGUGAAAAAAUGACCAGUCCGCACAAUUUGUUUUAUUUCAACAUUGGACCAAAUGUAUGAAAAUGAUAAACUUAUCAUGAAGUGGAGGAAAACAUGAGAAACACUGUUACGAUCCUUAAGAGCAGAGCUAUUGCAGGAUUGAGUUGGUUAUUUGAGUGUGAGCCCGCCUCAUCCUGUGGCAUAUCAAGCUGUAAAAUAAGAACAAGCUAUAAGAAGGCUUCACAUAUUUGUGAACCUACAGAUCUUUUUAUGUAAUUUACCAUUACUUUCAACAGAUUUCACCAUCUGACAUUAUGUACUCCUGAAGUCAUUCAUUUGUCUAGAGCCUUGAAAUUCUUCUCUUUUUUUUUUAGGAACUCCCAUUUGUAAUUGUUGAAAUAAUUCUUUAUCAACUUAAGCCAUCGCCACCAGGCGAUUCUUCAGUUGUGGUGUUUUCUCUACAAAACUGAAGCUAUCUGUGAAGUGACCAUGUUUUGCUGUAUGACACUUUUGUAAAUAUACAAUGUAAUUUA